AUGUCAAUGUUUGUCCCUGGCCAUUUCAAUGACUGCCAUCCACCCUUGGGAGAAAGUCCGAUCGACCCAGAACGCCCUCAGGACAUAAGACAGAUAAACCUUCAAACGUUCCAAGUUGCCGUCGAUAACUCCGUGCCAGAUCGGCUGGAUGAUACCCUCCAAGUCUUAGGUGAGGAGCCAGGCCAACCAGAACAACCCCAGGAUCCGGGAAAGACAAACCUAGUGUUCGGUGAAACGCCACAAGUCGCCAUCAACAAUUCUGUGUCGGACACACUCGAUGAUACACUCCCAGCCUUGCAUGAGGAGUCCAACCAUUCAGAACACAUUCAGGAUUCAGGAGAGAUGCACCUCCGUGGAGUGCAACAAGUCGUCAUCACUGCCAUCUGCGCAACUGAUCUCACUCUUGGUCUCCGACGGAUACCCGCUGGCUUCCAUGCGGUGGUCAAGGCUGACGGCGAUGAAUAUCAGACAAGCAACAAAUCUGUAAACGUAGACCAGGCUGCCAUCGAAUGGCACGAGCGCAUUCUGCUGCCGUGCGAUCCAUCUUCUAAGGUUUGGGUCAGCGUAUAUGCAUCAUUCGAAUUGGGACCCAUGGUCUGUCACGGAGAACUCCUCCGCACACUCGAGAUCUCCAUCGGAGAAUUACUAGACCGCAGCGAAAAAUCGCAUCCCAUUAUCUUCCAGCCAAAGCAGGGGGAAGUCGUGUCCGCUUGUACUUCAUUGCUCAUGAGAGUGGAGAAGCAAGUUUGUGAUCAAAACGACGCUGCAGUUCUUCGUCCCCUUAUUCCAGUUACAUGCCGCAAUAUGGAGACGUUAGCACUGGAGACGGAUGCCGGACAUCGUCUUCUCGCACAAUACCGCAGGACGCAGAACAGCAGGGAUCUCGAACAAUCCAUAAAUCACUUUGCACGAGCCUGGGAUAUCUGCUCCAUGGAUCAUCCCUACCACCCUGCAGCACUGUUCAAUCUGGCCACGGCAGAGUUUGUUAGUUGUCAAGCUGACGAGAGAUACCUCGACCUCGACAUCCCUAUCAUUCUUUUUCAAGGGGCCCUCGACUUGCGUGCCGCUGAUCAUCCGGACCGAAGCGUCAGCCAGCUCCAUCUUGCCAUAGCUUUGCUCUGGCGGUUCGCGAAACGGGGAUUUGAAUCGGAUGCCGAUGCAGCUAAGGGAUUGCUGAGCGAAGUUCUCAAAGUCUGCCACGCCAACAGCCACAUUUACAGAGCGGCUUUGAUCGCAAUGGAAAUGCGAGCUCUGCAUUCUGCUGGAAGGAUCGAUGCAAAUGAUAUUGGGCAGGAGCGGCCCGCCACAUCAAUGCUUCCGUUAUCGCCGAAUGAACUUGGUCAUCGAGCAGUGUGGUGCGGCCAGACAGAUGAACCCGGUGCCUUAGAUGAAGUGAUAUCCCUUCAUUAUGAUGCACUAAGACACUACAACAUCGAGAAUGCUAGCCGAGGGCAAUUGCUAUGCAAUCUGUCUGUGAUGCUGCUGACUCGCUUCCAGCGUCGAGGCAAUGACAAAGACUUAGAUCAGGCCAUCGCAUAUCAGAUGGAGGCGCUGGCUUUGCGCCCGGUCGGUGACUCAGAUCGGUCCACGUCAUUAAACAACCUCGCUGUUCAGCUCUUCUCACGCUUUGAGCACCGAGGCAACAAUGAAGACUUGGAUGAGGCUAUCGCACUUCACAGAGAAGCGCUGGCUUUGCGCCCGGUCUGUCACACAGAUCAGUCCCGGUUAUUAAACAUCCUCGCGAAUCGACUCUCCUCCCGCUUUCAGCACCGAGGCAACAACGAAGACUCGGAUGAGGCUAUCGCACUUCACAGAGAAGCGCUGGCUUUGCGCCCGGUCGGUCACACAGAUCGGUCUGCGUCAUUAAACAACCUCGCUGUCAAACUCUUCUCACGCUUUCAGCACCGAGGCAACGAUGAAGACUUGGACGAGGCUAUCGCACUUGACAGAGAAGCGUUGGCUUUGUGCCCGGUCGGUCACACAGAUCGGUCUACGUCAUUAAACAACCUCGCUGUUCAACUCUCCUCCCGCUUUCAGCACCGAGGCAACGACGAAGACUUGGAUGAGGCUAUGGCACUCUUCAGAGAAGCGCUGGCUUUGCACCCGGUCGGUCACACAGAUCGGUCCAUGUCAUUAAACAACUUCGCUGUUCAACUCUCCUUCCGCUUUAAACAUCGAGGCAACGACGAAGACUUGGAUGAGGCUAUCGCACUUCACCGAGAGGCGCUGGCUUUGCACCCGCACCGAGGCAACGACGAAGACUUGGAUCAGGCUAUCGCACUUCAGAGAGAAGCGCUGGCUUUGUGCCCGGUCGGUCACACAGAUCGGUCUACGUCAUUAAACAACCUCGCGAAUCAACUCUCCUCCCGUUUUAAACACCGAGCCAACGACGAAGACUUGGAUGAGGCUAUGGCACUCCUCAGAGAAGCGCUGGCUUUGCGCCCGGUCGGUGACUCAGAUCGGUCUUCGUUAUUAAUCAACCUCGCUGUUCAACUCUCCUCCCAUUUUAAACACCGAGCCAACGACGAAGACUUGGAUGAGGCUAUCGAACUUCACCGAAAAGCGCUGGCUUUGUGCCCGGUCGGUCACACAGAUCGGUCUAGGUCAUUAAACAACCUCGCUCGUCUACUCGCCUCCCGCUUUGAGCACCGAGGCAACGACGAAGACUUGGAUGAGGCUAUCGCAUUUCACAGAGAAGCGCUGGCUUUGCACCCGGUCGGUCACACAGAUCGGUCCCAGUCAUUAAUCGACCUCGCUCUUCUACUCGCCUGCCGCUUUGAACUCCAACGCAAUAGAGAAGACCUAGAUACGUCCCGAGAGAACCUACUCUGUGCAUUCCCUCUGUUGAGGCAGCAUGAUCCUCGUCAAUUAGUGGUCCAUCAGUCGCUAGCUAAGGUUUAUCUAUCAUUUCAUCGUGCAGGGCUUAACGCCACCGGCGCGGGCGAAAAACCAGACAGUCUGAAUGAUGCCAUGCAUCAUCUCGAGGCAGCAACAAGUUUUGUCUCUGCAGGCUUACGGUCCCGCCUGCGUGCAAGUCUAAGUUGGGUGCAUCAUGCUAGUGAACAUUCGCACAGCACUCAACUGAAGGCUUAUGCGACUUCUAUGCAACUCCUGGAUGCUUACAUGUCUGUGACGGCCUCUGUGUCGUCUCGUCAUAAAGCCAUGAAGGAAUUCCCAAGUACACUUGCCGUGGAUGCUGCAUCUUGUGCCCUUCGCAGUGGCGAUGUGCGUCGCGCUGUUGAGCUGUUGGAGCAAGGCAGGACUAUCAUCUGGACCCAGAUGGCGCGACUCCGCACGCCUCUUGAUAGCCUCGAGAGUUGCGGCGAUCAUGCAGUGACCUUGAUGAAGAAAUUCAGAGACCUCAGCUCCCUCCUUGAUAGGCUUCCUGCGAGUCAUUCAGAAGGCACCUCAAGAGUUGUUGCAGAAGCAGAAGAAACUCGAUACAGACGUCUGGUGGAGGACUGGAAUAGAACAGUAGAGGACAUCUGGAAGAUUGAAGGCUUCUCUCGCUUCCUACUUCCCCCCUUGUUCUCCGAUCUUCAAGUUGCAGGUCGUGAUGGGCCCAUCAUCGUGCUCAUCGCAAGCAGAUCGUCUUGCGAUGCCAUCAUUAUCUCGCAAGAACAAGAUCCUACUAGCAUUCAACUCCCUAUCAAUUUUCAGCAACUCGCCGAAUUGCUGAUCGCAUUCAUAGAGGCGGUUCCCAAAGAUGCCGGUCCUGGAGAGACCCCACAAGCGCUAAAGGGAGCUUUGAAAGAGCUGUGGAACGUUAUUGUCCACCCAGUGGUCGAAAAUCUGCGCAGAAUUGCACGACCAGGUUCUCGAAUAUGGUGGUGUCCGACCUCUCUCUUCAAUUUCUUGCCGUUGCACGCUGCUAACGGAUACAAGAGAGAUGGAGAAUCCCUUUCACGCUGUUACGUCUCUUCAUACACCCCAUCGCUCACCGCGCUGAUCAAGGCUCGCGCAAGUCAUGACAGGUCCCCGUCGGUGCCUUUUGUUGCUAUUGGUCAGAAUCACCCAGCCGGUACCUCAUUCACUUUAGAUGCUGUAGAGCCUGAGCUGGAAUUGGUGGAGAAACUUCUGCCCCCUCCCCCAACCGUUUCCUUCUCCAAGAUAACCAGCGUUGAUGCCACAAAAUCGACAGCACUGCGCGCAUUGCAAGAUAAUACGUGGUUCCAUCUCGCGUGUCACGGGACGCAGAGAUUUGACGGACCCUUCCAGUCGGCCUUUCUUAUGCGUGACCAGCCGCUUUCGCUCCUGGAUAUCGCUCAGAUGGAUCUGUCUCGGCAUCAAUUUGCAUUCCUUUCUGCCUGUGAAACCGCAGUCGGUGACCUCAGCACGCCCGACGAAGUGAUACACCUAGCGGCUGGCUUGCAAUUUGCCGGGGUCAAGAGCGUCGUUGGGACAUUAUGGAAGGUCGAUGAUGCCACUGUGGAGCGUGUAGUCAAGGCGUUUUACACAAACUUGUGCGGGGAUGGCACGAUGAAUUCCAAACGAGCUGCGCGAGCGCUGCACAAAGCGGUGCAGUCGUUGGCCAGUGACAAGGACAAGGACAUUCCCUUGGCCCAGCGAAUAGUGUUCGUGCACAUUGGCAUAUGA